CAUCUCACCAUGGAGCAAGCCCAAUCAAAAGAUUAUCUAACUUCUCUCCUGAACAAGAACCUCCGCAUCACCACCUCAGACGCCCGCAUGUUUCUAGGGCAAUUCAAAUGCACAGACUCUGACCGAAAUAUAAUUUUGGCCCACACAUUCGAAUACCGCAUCCCACCUCCUCCCAAGGAUCUCGACGAAAGCAAAAAGCCAGUCACGCUAGAUUUGACGAGCAGAUAUCUGGGUCUGGUGGUUGUACCUGGGGAGUAUAUUAUACAGAUUGAGGUUGAGGAGUUUGCUAGUCAGAUGAAGGGGAAGAGUUUGAGCGGCAAUCAAGCUGCUUUGAGGGAGGAGAGCCUUGUGUGA